UUUGAGCCCUCCUGGGUCCUAGCCAGUUAGAACUGGAGCCCAAGGCUAGGACUGACUGGGGGUAGUGAAGCCCUGGGAGAGAGAGGGGCUGUCCCAACUGUCAACAUCCUUGAUGGAUUAGGGGCAGGCCAGGGCUUGCAGCCAGCAUGCCUUAGUGCAGGAGAGGAACUGUGCGGGGCAGAUUGUGUGUAGAGAAGGGGGAGGUUGUGGUGACUUCCAUGGGGAGAAACACUGUUCAGUGAAACUCACAGCCAAAGGGAAAGGGGAGGGGUAGGUGAUCUGAGCGAGAAGGUGGAGGGACCUGAGGAUGUGACUUGGUGUGGACACAGCCCACAAAGUGUAUUUAAAGGGCCGAGAUGCUCCAUGCCCCUUUCAAUCUCCUGUCAGCAUCAUGGGCUCCUGGGUCUUCCCCACCUCGAUGCUCCUGCUCUGUCUGAUCCAGGGAAGCCAGCAAGGCGGGUUGGCCCCUCAGAGGAACGGCAUCGUGGGGUGGUUCUUUUCCUCAGCCCAUAUGAAAGGGGUUCCCCCAGGAGCUGGGGCUGGGAGCCCAUUGGGAAAGGCAGGCUACGGCACACUGUUAAAUGGCUAUGGAGCAGGGGCUCCCAAUGGAGCAGGGGCUGGACCCCAAGGCCCUGCAGGGAAUGCUGGCCCUGGGGCUCAGAAUGGCUAUGGAGCAGGAUACAGGAAUGGACUGGGAGCAGGAACCUUCCCUGGAGCUGGAGCCCAGCCAGGCCUUGGAGGAGGGAUGAAACCCCAGAAAGCAGCAUAUAGAAACGGAUUGGGCAAUGGGGCCUUCCCAGGAGCUGGGGCCCAGCCAGGCCUUGGAGCAGGGACCAAACUUCAGAAGCCAGGAUAUGGAAAUGGGGUCUUCCCUGGAGCUGGAGUCCAGCCAGGGCUAGGAGGGGAAACAAAGCCUCAAAAAGCAGGAUUUGGGAAUGGGCUGGUAGCUGGGGCCUUUCCAGGAGCAGAAGCCCAGCCAGGAUUUGGAGCAGGAGCUAAGCCUCAGAAAGCAGGAAAUGGGAAUGUUCUAGAAGCUGGGGCCUUCCCAGGAGCCAGAGUUCAGCCAGGUCCCUGUAAUGGGGGCUCCAUUCUGGCUCUUCCUCCUAGGCCUCCCAAUGGAGUAGGGCCUGCAACGGGGAGUCCCUCAGAAAAAGGAGGAUUUAAGGCUCAGAAUGUCUAUGGAGCAGUUUCUCCCCCAGGCCUUGAAGAUGGAUUGAAGACUCAAAAAACAGGACUCAGAAAUGGGCUUGGAGCUGGACCCUUCCCAGGAGCCAGGAUUCAGCCAGGCUAUCAUGCCAUGAAUGGCUAUGGAGCAGGUCUUCGAGGAGGAGCCAAACCACAGAAAACAGGCUAUGGAACUGGAUUGGGAACAGGUGCUUUCCCAGAGGCUGGGCCGCAGCCAGGGUUUGGGACCCCAAAUGGUUUUGGAGCAGGCCCAGGUGGUGUAAAGCCUCAAAAAGCAGUUUAUAGCAAUGGACUGGGAGCUGGAACCUUUCCUGAAGUCAGGGCCCAGCAAGCAGGUUUCCCCGGGACAAGAAGAUAUCCAGCCAAUGGCUACAGCAAUGGAUAUGGAGCUGGGGGGCCCGGAUACCCUAAACCUUCACUCUAUGAAAAUGGUGGGGCCGAUUCCUUUGGUGCUCAGGGAGUCCCCUUUCUCCCCGGAGGUUCAGACUCUGGGGCCAAGACUGCUAAACAUGACUAUGGAAAUGGGGUGGGUGCAGGCUCCUACCUUGCAGAUGGAAGCCCGCCAGGUCUCUAUGGUCAAUUAAGACCAGAGCCAGUCCCCAGGACUUAUGGUGGGCCAGAUGUGAAGCACAACUUCAAUGGCUUCCUGGGAAAUGGCUAUAGAGGUUGAUGUCCUCCAGGGAAAUGUUGAGCCGAAAGGGAUCCCUCGAAAAUCCUCCAUCUAAAGAUCUUCAGGGUAGCUCACAGCCUAAGACCUGCCCACCUUACUACUGUCAGGCUUUUUUUUGGGGGGGGGGCGGAAUGCUCUUUGGGAGGGUCCUUCUUUGGUACCUUAACCCAGCCUUAUAAG